AUGCGGCUUGAUAAUAUCCUGUCCUGGCGCUGGUAUUCGUUGUUAGAGGGUGCCGUGGAGGAAGGCAAGACAGCACUCGCAAAAUUGCGACUUCAGGAUCUUGCAAUUUACAAUUUAUUAAUCAGAAAUAAGGCAAGUGUCACGUCAGAGCCGGGAAAGGGUGGCAAAACAGUCCUUCAGCGCGCUGCAGCUGCUGGAAAUAUCAGACUGUUCAAGCAUAUUGUCCAGCACCGACAAGCAGAUGUCAAUGAGCCCCCGGAUGCUUUCAGUGGAAGAACUGCGCUUCAAACUGCCGCAGAAUCCAAUUCACCUAAUAGUUUUGAAAUAAUGCGGUUAUUGCUUUCAGCCGGUGCUGAUUGCAACAGGCCUCCUGCAGAAGCAGCAGGUAUAACAGCGCGGAGCAAGUCCCUUCAGUGGGUCUUCCGCUCGCACUGGCUGGACUUCUUUGCAAGAAGCAUUCUGGAAUGGCGACAUUCAAAUUGUUUCUCUCUUACUUCCCUAGGUGCCUUCCCAUAUGCAAACCUUAACUAUCCAGAGGCAGCGAUUAGCAGUCGCAACCCAGAACUUACCAAAGUCCUUCUCGGUUUAGGUGCUGAUGCGAACGCCCCAGGCACUUUUGUCGAAGAUAAAACUGUCAUGCAAAGUGCCAUAAUCGCAGCAGACUUCAAAGCAUUGCAGCUACAGCUAGAAAGAGGAGCUUGGCUUCCGGCAGAUUUCAGCAUCUUGUCUACCUUACAGAGGCUGGAACAAAAUGGAUUGUACCUGACGGACGAGUCUACGACCAUUGCCAAUAGCGAGAAUUCAUACCACUGGAAGAGCCAAAAAUUUACAGAACUCAUAGAACUAGUUGUGUGA